AUGAAGCAGAUUUCUGUCUUUCGUUGUGCUACAAAUGUUGAUGAAAGAGUUCCGCAAAUUAGAGCAUUAACAAUCAAUUCAGAUCUUUAUAAAAAUUAUUCUUCAACGUUGCGGCAGCAUCAGGAAUUGAUUUGGAAACGUAAAAAAUUGGGAAAAGCAAUUUAUUUCCAGAUAGAUUUAACAUUUUCUUUUACCUCGUGGUAA